UAGUUGGGUUGUGAGAGGUGGCAGUAUUGUGAUCAUCCAAAUAUGUCCUUCCCAGAAAACAGUGACAAACUUUAACUGCAAGCACCUCAGUCUGGAGCUUUGUUUGGCCAUGGCUUCUGUGGCAAACGCUCCCUUAAACCUUCUUAAACCUCUCAACCUUCCUCGUUACAAACCCGGCAUCGGCAGUGGUUUUGUAACGACGCCAUUACGUUCUACCAUUAAUGCACCAUUCCUCACAGCUCAGAGCUCAAAGCAAAGCUCUUCACCCAUCAUCUGCUUUGCUUCUGAGAAGCAAAAUUCCUCUACUGAUGCUAGUUCCACGGCCAGGAUUAGGAGUGAAGUUCUCACUCCCUUUCGCUCCGUUCGGAUGUUUUUCUAUCUUGCUUUCAUUGCAAGUGGUGGUUUAGGAACACUGAUAGCAACCACACAAUUGAUUGCAGCACUAACAAACCCAUCAAGAGCACUUGAUGCCCCUGAAAUUGCUAAGGGUCUCGGCAUAGACAUUUGCGCGGUGUCUCUCUUUGCAUUCUUGUAUUAUAGGGAGAACACUGCCAAGAAUGCGCAGAUUGCUAGGCUGUCAAGAGAGGAGAACCUUUCGAAUCUUAAGCUCCGGGUGGAUGAAAAGAGGGUCAUUCCUGUCAGCUCUUUGAGAGGGUUUGCUAGGCUUGUGAUAUGUGCUGGCCCUGCGUCGUUCAUCACUGAGUCGUUUAAGUUCAGCGAGCCUUUCACUGAAGGGCUUGUGGAAAGAGGAGUGUUGGUGGUGCCCUUUGCUACAGAUGGUAAUUCACCAAGUUUUGAGUUUGAUGAAAGUGAAGAGUCUAAGGAUUUUACUUCAAAGAGAAAGAGACUCUGGCAGCUGAAUCCAGUUAUUGUUAGUGAAUGGACCAAUUGGUUAGAUGAACAAAAGAAACUGGCUGGUGUCUCCUCUGACUCUCCUGUGUAUAUAUCUCUACGCCUGGACGGUCGUGUUCGUGGCAGUGGCAUAGGUUACCCGCCUUGGAAUGCUUUUGUUGCACAGUUACCGCCUGUUAAGGGAAUGUGGUCAGGUCUUCUGGAUGGUUUUGAUGGAAGAGUUUAAGCAAAACUUUUUUGUUUCUAUAGGUUAGUUUCUAGUUCUAGAUUACUUAAUAUCAAUUGUUAUACUAUGAAUUACAGUAGAUUUGUUCUUGAUUACAGUACAACAUCUUGUAAACUUUUUUUGCUUAUAAAUAAAAAGUUCUGUUUCCUUUCA